AUGCCAGAGGCGGUUGAUCCCAGCACCCCUCCAACAGAGGGCAAAGUGCCCGAGACCGUUCUACAACAAGUACGAGCUAUGCCUCAUACUUCGUCCCUUCCGAAGCCCGACCCGUGGUCCGUUCGCGCAGUCUUAUCGGAGCUGCCCAAUCCGCCACAGGAAAAUUCUUCGUCGCCUAUCGCAUUCUUCCACUACCUCGAGCGCCUAAAGGUUGAGAAGCGCGAGGGCUGGAAACGCUUCGGAAUUCUACGUGGAGAGUCUAUAGCAGACCACAUGUAUCGAAUGUCGUUCAUCACGAUGCUUGCUCCACCACCUCUAGCCGCACGCCUGGACAUUCCCCGCUGUAUGAAGAUGGCCCUCGUUCACGAUAUGGCGGAGGGCCUGGUUGGAGAUCUCACACCCGUCGAUGGCGUACCGAAGGUGGAGAAGAAUCGAAGAGAGGCUGAGACCAUGGACUGGGUAUCGCAGAGCCUGCUGGGCAAGGUCUAUGGAGGGGCAGCUGGCCAGGACCUGCGAGCCGUGUGGCAAGAAUACGAAGACAGUGAAACUUUGGAGAGCAAAUUCGUCCACGAUGUUGACAAGAUUGAGUUGCUUCUGCAAAUGGUGGAAUACGAACGCGCCUACGACUGCACCAAGGACUUGUCAGAGUUCUCAUGGGUUGAGAGGAAGAUCGUCCUUCCAGAGAUGCAGACAUUGGCUCGGGAAAUAGUGAAAGAGCGGAGUGAGUUGUGGGAGAGCAGAGAUAAAAAGCCCAGAGAUCCGCCAGCGGCUGCGACCAUCAAGGAACAGCACGAUGAGUACUAUGGCUCGGUGAACGGGCACAAUGGUACAACUGCAUGA